AGUCUUACCCAAUGUGUCGAGCUUCCUGUCAGCUUUAGCUUUGAGAGGGAUGAAGCAAACUGAGGAGUUCAGUCCAGCUGUGAACAAGCCACUUAAACUGUUGGAGUUCUUCUACUGCGAAAGUUUCAAAGAAGGGUUUCUUUAGCUCAAGGAAGUUGUUAGAUCUGCAUUUCAAUGGCGUCCACUGGAAACACGUCUUUCCCGCAGCCCUCCUCCAACUCCAUGAGCACCUCCGCCCAGGUCGGCUUCGCCAUCCUGACUCUGGCCUUCCUGCUGGGCUUUCCCGGGAACUUGUUUGUGGUGUGGUCGGUGCUCUGCCGCGUGAAGAAGCGCUCGGUGACGUGUCUGUUGGUGUUGAACCUGGCGAUGGCAGACGCCUUCGUCCUGCUGAGCGCCCCGCUUUUCCUCAGAUACCUGGCUGGAGGACGGGGCUGGGAGUUUGGCUCAGCGGCGUGCAAGCUGGUGCAUUACCUGUCAAGUGUGAACAUGUAUGUGUCCAUUUACCUGAUCUGCCUGAUGAGCAUGGACCGCUGGCUGGCUGUCUCCAGGCCUUUUGUGUCUCAAAGAAUGAGGACCAAGCGCUCGCUCCUGGUUCUCUUGCUGGGAGUUUGGGUCUUAGCGUUUCUGCUGUCACUGCCGAUGCCAUUUUACCGCAGUAAUUUGGAAAUACCGAUGGGGAACGGCAGGACUGUGCACCAUUGCAUCCUCUAUCACUGGAAAAGCAUCCCUCACCAGGUUUUCCAGUACCUGUUUGAGACCAUCAUGGGCUGCAUUGUGCCCUUUUCACUCAUCAGUACCUGUUACUCGUCCGUCAUUUGCCGCCUGCAGGGCGCCAUGUUCCAGAGCAAAGGGAGGGGCACCCGCCUCAUCCUUCUCAUCAUCUCGGCUUUCGCCAUUUUCUGGCUGCCUUAUCACAUUGUCAACAUCAUUCAGGUGGCUGGCCUCCUGCAGAACAGUGACUCAGUGAUCAAGGCUGCUAAGACAGCACGGCCUAAUGUCACAGCCUUCGCAUACUUCAGCAGCGCCAUCAACCCGGUCCUCUAUGUUUUCGCCGGGAGCUCCCACAUCCGUAUGGCUGGGUUCAGUUUCAUGGGCAGGCUGUUCGAAGCCACCAACUCUGAGAGCAGAAGCACAUCUGUCUUCAGCCGCGGCCGCAGCAGCUCCUCUCCAGAUGAGAGUUCUGUCCUGCACACAAUGUCGGUUAAAUUUGGGAAGACUUUUAAGAGCAAGAGCAAGGAGAGGAGCGGCAGCGUGGCGGGCAGGGAGGCCAACGAGCCGGAGCUGAAGACUCUGGCCACUGUUGAUCAGAAUGAAUAAGUACUUGAGAAUCUGUUUUGAAUUAGUUCUUCAAUGCUGGCUAUAAGUGGAAGAACGUCAUGUUUACAGAGUCAACAUCUGUCUUUACAAGAAUUAAUUCACUUUAAAAAGCAUCUUUGACUUUCAAAUAUGAAAGUCACUUUUCACAAGUAAUUUUUGAAAUAGGUGCAGCCAGCGUUGAACUUCUUUCUUUGCCGCACGGACCCAGGGGAAGAGUUAGGGUUAUAGUUAACAAGUAUUAAGUGUGAUCAACGUAAAUUUCCAUCGGUUUUUGUGUUGGAAAGAUCAGCCUUGGAUUAUACAAAUUUAUUUUCUCAUAGUAAAAUCAACUGCCUAAUGAUUUGUUGAUCUUCUGAUCUCCACCAUACUAUAAAUUUGUGUUUUAGUGUUAGCAACAGGCUAGAAGUUCAGGGCUUUUCUCUAAAACUGAACCUUUUUGAUCAAAAACAUUACAAAAGGGGAAGUUUAUGGAUGCAGUGAACAAAGACAUGAAAGUAGCUGGUGUUAGAGUAGAAGGCAGGGUCAGAUGGAGAAAGUUAUAUCUCUGGCGGCACUUGAAAGAAAAGAUUUGAUCAAAAAUAUCUCCCAAAUCUUUGAUGAAAUUGAGACCCCAAGCUCCAAGUCAACUUCUAACUUCCUGCAAUACUCCUGAACUAUUUCUGAUUUUUACGAGGAAAUAUUAUAAUACUGAAAGAGGACAUGGUCAGGGUUCAGGGUUGACACCAACGCCUCAGAAGGUUAUUUGCUUCAAAGGAACAUCCUUCUGGAUACAAGAACUGCAUAAUUACAGGAGAAUAUUGUUGAAAUCACCAAUCUUCCUUCCAUUAAGCGUCACAAUGCUGUGAGGGAUAAAUGUA